AUGAUCAACAAUGAAGCAAUUAAGCUUGCAAUUGAAGAUCUUGAAUUGCAAGAGAUUCCAAAUUAUAGCAUGACUGAAGAAAAGCUUCUAGACUAUAUAAACAUGCUCUCUGACUGUGGCUUUGCCUCUACACCUCAGAUUCUGCAAAAUAUUGUACAUGAAAUGAUGAGAGAUAAAGUGAAAAUCAACUGA